GUGGUGAAAAUGGUUGAGGUGCAUUACAUCCCCCCACGGUUGGUAUGGAGGAAGAGGUGCAGCAGUUAAGGGAGCUAGUGUUACUAGUGUUACAACUAAGGCAGACAAUGCACGACUUCUUCAGGAGCAGGCGGAGUUCAUCGGGGAGCUCUGGUAGGGCCUCCCCCAUUCCUUCGGCUGUGGCUGGUGGUGCCCCUUCAGAAGGUUUAGCAGCUGUUGCCCCAGAACGGUUGGUCGUCCUUCCUCGAGAUCGUAAGUGCCCUAUAUUCACUGGCAGAACAGGGGUAGGUAUUGUUGAGUGGCUAGAGGAGGUGCAGAUGUGUGCACGUGCUCGUUAUCUUUCUGCCCCAGAUCAGGCUCUGUUCAUGGUUGACCAUUCUGGGGGAGAAGCAAGGGAGGAGAUUAAGUUUCGCUCCAGCACUGAACGGAGAGAUCCAGACAGGAUUUGUGCCAUUUUAAAGGAGCUUUAUGGCUGUAAUCAGUCAUAUGUUACUUUACAGCAGGCUUUUUUUCCCCGUCACCAGCUUGAAGGGGAAACAUUGCAGGAAUUCUCCCUAGCCCUACUGGCCUUAAUGGCACAAGUUAAACAGCACGCCCCUGAUGGGAUGCCCAGUUCAGAGGUUCUCCUUAGAGACCAAUUUGUUGAGCAUGUUAUGGAUAGUUCCCUUCGUCGGGAGCUUAAACAGCUGGUGCGUGGCCAACCCACUGCCACUCUUUUGGAGUUGCGCAGUGAGGCUAUCAGGUGGGAAAGAGAGGGCCUUCCAGGGGGUGUUAGGGGACGUAGUUUUUCGCUGUCGUCCGCUCAUGGGUUCCAGUUUGGGGUACACGGUUGUACUCAACCCCCAUCUAGUGUAAGUUUAUCAGGUCCAGAUCUCAGUGAGUUGAAGGACCUUUUGAAGCGCCAGCAACAGCAGCUAGAUCAACUGACCCAGACCGUGUCCUCGUUACAGGCGUCUCGCCCCCAUGGCACGACUCCUCGCAACCUACACCUCCUUUGCAGAAGGUGCCAGCAGCCUGGCCAUUUUGCGCGAGAGGGUUCCUUUCUCCCAUAGACGUGCCAAUUCAGCGGCUGGGUUUUUGCAUCCACCUCAACCGUCGGAAAACUGAAGCCCACUGAGUUGUUGAGCCACUGCUCAGUUGGGGAAACCAUAGGCUCGCGGGAUGGUGCCCCUCUUGGUUUAGUUUCAAUCGGAGGGGUUGACGUUUCUUGUCUGGUGGACACUGGUUCUAUGGUGUCGACUGUUGUGGUGCUACAGGAUCUCCCCACUACCUUGUGUUCUUUUGUUCCCCCCUUCCCUGUGUUUUCUGUCUGUCCUCCCUGUCUGUGUCUGUCUGGGCGUUGCUACACUCUCUGGCUCCAGCGGCGCACCUGGUUCUCAUUCCACUAAUCAAGCUCCUGCAGUAUUUCAACCCCAGUCCUCCUCACAUUCUUCGCCAGAUCGUCAGUUAACCACAUGUGGAUCACCCUACCUCAAGGAACCCUGCUGAACGCCACACCCG